AUGGAGCCCACAGCUCACAGUCAGCAGGAGGCACCUACCCCUUCCAGCACAGAGACAGCAGAAGACCUUGCCUUCAAGUUAAACAUUGCUGUGAGGGAGGGCAAUAUAGAAGGUGUGCUGGAGCUGCUGGAGAAAGGGGCAGAUGUGAACUCCAAAGCUGGAAGUGGCUGGACACCACUGCAGAGUGCCGUGCAAGCUAAUGAUGAGGACCUGGUCCAACUUCUGCUCGACAGAGGUGCUGAUCCACAUGCCAGGAAGGACAACGGUGGCACUGCGUUUACUGAGGCAGCCAGUGCGGGAAACGUGACUGUACUGCAGAUGCUCCUUGAUCUCGGGCUGGAUAUUAAUGACCAUGACGACAACGGCUUCACGGCUUUCAUGGAGGCUGCGUGGUACGGGAAGGAAGAAGCCUUAAAGUUCUUGUAUAGCAAAGGAGCAAAGGUGAAUUUGAGAAGGGAAGUUAGCCAGGAGAAAAUGAAACUGCACAAAGGCGGCGCGACAGCGCUGAUGGAUGCUUGUAGGAAGGGCCGGCUCUCGGUUGUCAAAACUCUUGUCCAAGAGAUGGGGGCUGACGUGAACAUUUGUGACAACAAAGAUAGGAACGCCUUGAUCUAUGCCCUCAAGGAGGGCUGUGCCAAGGAGACAUACCAGUCCGGUGUCUCCAUAAGCCGUUUCCUGCUGGGCUCUGGUGUUGAUGUGAACAGCAAAGAUGAAUGUGGGAAAACUGCCCUCAUCCUAGCUGUUGAAAUCCAGAGCCUAGAUCUGGUGGAAGCUUUACUGGAGAAGGGUGAAAUAGAUAUUGAUGACGCAGAUGAAGAGGGCAACACAGCACUGAUGGUGGCUGUAGAGAAAAAUGAUUACAAGAUAGCAGAGCUGUUGUGUAAAAAAGGAGCAAGGACUGAUGUUGGGAGUCUUAUCACUGUCGCGAAUAGGAAUCGAGCUCAUGACAUGGCAGGUCUUCUUCGUCAGUUUAAUGCCAGGUUUGUUCCAGAAACCCUCAAAGACUGGGAGCCAAACAGCAGACGCUGGAGGGAUCAGCUGAAAACUCUUUAUAAAAUAUAUCGCCCUAUGAUUGGCAAACUGAAGAUGUUUCAAUACAUCCAGCAGAGAAUCCAGAACACUUCCCAGGGUGGCAUCUACCUGGGGAUCUACGGUGGGACAGAGGUAGCAGUGAGAAUAAGCCGCAAUAUAGAGGGUGAAAAAGAGAAAAGGUUCUUUGAACAAUGUCGUAACUGUGAAUGUCUACUGAAGCUCUUCCAGUUUGAGAAGGAAAGAGGUUACAUGUAUUUGUGCUUCCCCCUCUGGGAGAAAAACCUUGAAGAACAUCUGCAGGAACCAGAAGGCCAAAUGAGUUACAAAGAUGCUCUGAGGAUGAUCUUCCAGGCAGUGAGAGAGCUGCACUCCCUUGGAUUCGCUUACCAGGAUCUGCAUCCCAGCAACUUUUUAAUAGAUUUAGGUGGCCAAAUUUACUUGGCGGACUUUGAUAAUAAAAGAAAGUUGAUUGAAGGCAAAAAAGAACCUGUAAACUCAGAUUUAGAGGCCCUCGGCAAGCUCGUGCUGUAUGUUUUAGCAGGGGGUAGGAAACCCCUCCAGCAAGUCAGUACCGAGGAUUUGGCUGCUGAUUCCCCAGAUUACCCAGAGGCUCUGGACCUCGUGAGUUGCCUGGUCUCUCAUGAUGAACGAGGCUUGGAAGGUUUGAGCAAACAUCCCUACUUCUGGAGCAAACAGACCAGGUUCAGUUUCCUGAAGAGCGUAUGGAAUAAAAUCAAAGAUUUCCCCAAACAAGACCAAGAAGCUGUCUUUCAAGCUCCUAAUACUACUGAAACUUUUCCUUACCCGUCAUGGACCAAGGAGAUUGACAAAUUUGUUCUGAACAUCAUGGAAAAUCCUAGGACUGGGAGACAAUUCAAAUAUAGAAACGACGUCACCAACCUACUGAGGCUUAUCAGAAACUUGGAUGAGCACCCGGAUGGCAGGAUCAGCAACAGAAUAGGAGACCAUGCUGAGUAUUUCUUGAAGCUUUUUCCAGCACUUACCAUUUAUGUCUACAACAGUUUACGCCAGAAUCCCAAAUACAGUCACUUUUGUAGACAUUAA